AUGUUGCUCAAUGCCUCCGCCCUGUCAACCAGGGUCAUCGCUCUGUCCUUCGCAGCGCUGAUCCUUGUCCUUUGGCUGCUUUUCCCCGGCACCCCGGCGACCGUCAAAAAUCGAAUCACCACCCCCGGGAAUGAUGCGAAUAGCCAUGCGACUGCCGACUCGCUGAGGGAGCGACAGGCCACGUUUUGGAAAGCUCUUCUCCCGGCUCUCGAAUCCGCCGCACCCGACUGUCCCUCCCCAAGCCGAAAUGGCAGCACCGGCGCGAUUGGUUUCGUGGACGGCAUGCCGCUGGAGCGUCCGGCCCUGAUCGAAAUGCCGGACAAAGAUAUUCUGAUGAUGAGAGAUGCCCAUGCACGCUUUCUUCAGAAGGUCAGGGAAACCCCCGAGCUGCGACCGGCGUAUGUGCCUAAGACGAGGGGCGUGGUGUACGCUGCCGGAGGGAAAUAUCUACCUGUUUUUGUCAUUGGGCUUCGCAUGCUACGUCGAACCGGCUCCAAGCUCCCGGUCGAGCUUUUCUUGAAAGACGAGACGGAGUAUGAGCCGGCCAUUUGCAACGAAGUACUCCCGGCUUUGAAUGCACGAUGUGUCGUUCUUUCGACUAUCUUGGAGACUACAGCCUCGAAUUCAACCAAGGUUGAAGUUGCAAAGUAUCAGCUCAAAGUGUUUGCGAUGCUCUUUUCCUCUUUUGAGGAAGUCGUCUGGAUCGAUGCAGACUGCUUUCCCCUGGACCAGCCGGAAGUGCUUCUUAAUUCCGAGCCGUACAAGAGCACAGGCAUGGUCGUAUGGCCGGAUUAUUGGAUCUCAACGGUGUCGCCGCAAUACUACCUCAUUUCUCAACUCGAUGUGCCCUCCAUUAACAUUCGGGCAUCUUCCGAAACAGGCGAAUUUCUUAUUUCGAAGAAGAAUCAUCAUUCAACCCUCCUCUUAUCCACCUAUUACAACUACUACGGCCCGUCGCAUUAUUUCUCUCUUCUUUCCCAGGGUGCGCCGGGCGAGGGAGAUAAAGAAACCUUUGUGCAGGCCGCCUCCGCCGCCAACGAGCCGUUUUACACCGUCAGCGAACCCGUCCAGCCGAUCGGACAUCGCAAACCAAACGGUGACAUUGCCGGAUCUGCAAUGGCCCAAUUCGACCCGGUUGAAGAUUACAAAUUAUACCAUCAACGGAAUUCGAAUUCCAACACCCUGGGCCCCGUGAAGCCCAGUUCCACGCGCGCGUUUUUCAUCCACGCGCAUUUCCCGAAAUUUAACCCCGCGACCGUAUUCUCAAAUUCUUCAGAGACAAAACCGACCUACAAACCCGACGGAAGUGAUGGUCGCGCAUGGCUAGUUGACGAGACGACCGUUAAACGAUUCAAACCUUUCGGGCAUAUGUGA